GAGAAUUGUUAUGGGCGGUAAGAAUGAUUUGUGGCAAAUGUGUUGAGUUUUUUUUGUCUGGUGUUCACUAACUCUCCAUCUAAUAUAAAACAACAACAACAACGACGACGACAAAAACCCAAACACAUCCAGCUUCUUCUUCUUCGGCCCUCUACAAUGGAGAGAGGGCAAAUGUUGCCUGUGUGCCUUCUGAGCCUGUGCUGCAGCCUGUGUGUGGUUGCAGCCAUCCAGAGGGUCCAAAUGUUCCCCUAUGGCAUGUUAAGUGGAGAUUCACUUUUGGAAGAGGGAGAUGAUGAAACCUCCAAAGUCUUAUCUCUGCCUAAACCCUUCUACUUCUACGACACCCCCUUCUCUCAGCUUUAUGUGGCCACAAACGGGAUCAUAUCAGCUCAGGACUUGCCGAUGGAGAAGCAGUAUGUGGAUGAUGGCUUCCCCACGGACUUCCCGGUGGUGGCGCCGUUUCUGGCUGAUAUGGACACCAGUGGAGGACGAGGACAGAUUUAUUACAGAGUGACGGAGACGCCCAGCGUGCUCAACAGGGUGGCCCAGGAAGUCCACCAAGGGUUCCCGGACGCCAAAUUCACACCCACCCACGCUGUGGUGGCAACGUGGGAGAAUGUGGCUGCAUAUGAGGAGCCAACUCGAACCAGUGGGGAGGCGUCGAACAAGGUCAACACCUUCCAGGCUGUGAUUGGUUACGACGAAAUCGACUCGUACGUUCUCUUCCUCUACCCUGAGGGUGGCCUGAACUUCUUUGGGACCAGACCCAAGGAGUCGUAUAACGUGGAGAUAGAGCUUGCUGCUCGUGUCGGAUUCAGCAGAGGAGAAAUCACCUAUCUCAUUUUUUCCCGAACUGAGGGACCUCACUACAGUGUGACCAGCAAUGAGCAGAGUAUCAAACAUCUUGACCAGGUUGGUAACACUGGUAUUCCAGGCGUUUGGCUUUUCCACACUGGGAACCGCUAUUCUUUUGACAACAUUGUCCCUGCAUCUGUUGGUGGUCUUCUUGCGACACGUUCCCCAAGAAAACAUGACCAACCUCUGGGCGCAACUACCCCCGAGUACAAUGACUUUGAAGAGUACACAGACAACAGCAACUUUGACUCUGCUCAUCAAGAGCAGGACAGUGAUUUCCCUCUGACAGCUGAAGAUAUGGAAUUCCAGCCAGUGCUCGCUGGUGAAUCCCUCCAGCCGGGAAGCUCUGACCUUCCUUUGUCAGCAUCUGUGGCGUCCCACGGCAUUGAAGAUUUACCUUUGACCUUUGAACCCAGGCAGGGUUCAGAGGUGGUGGCGAGGCAGUAUGCACCGCUUCCUCCUCAAGAGGCCAUCCCAGAUGGAGGUGCUCAGUGGUCCCAGGAGCAGCAACCACAGGUUCCUGUGGAGGUGGGAGAUUUGCAUCCACGUCACAGAAAUGAGCCACCCCUGUCCCGUGGAGGUCAUGUGGUCAGUGUGGAGGAAGAUGUUGCGUUUGACACAGGAGUGAUUCAGUACACCACUGAGAAUAAGGAAACGUGUGCGAGGUUCCAGCAGCAGUGCUCUCAGAAUGCAUUUUGCUCUGACUAUGCUACGGGCUUCUGUUGUCACUGUCAAGCCGGCUUUUAUGGAAAUGGCCGUCACUGCCUGCCGGAGGCGGCCCCCCAGCGUGUCAGUGGAAAGCUCAGUGGAACAGUGACCGUGGGUUUGACUCCUGUGGAGCUGAACAACAUCGAUCUGCAUGCUUACAUUGUGGUUGGAGAUGGAAGGGCUUACACAGCUGUCAGUGAGAUCCCUGAGCCAGUGGGUUGGGCCUUAAUGCCGGCUGCACCAAUUGGAGAAGUGUUUGGAUGGCUGUUUGCUCUGGAGCUGCCCAACAGCCAAGCAGGAUUCAAAACAACAGGGGCUGAGUUCACUCGUCACGCCGAGCUGUUUUUUUACCCUGGCAACCAGCGGCUGUCAAUCACUCAGAUAGGACGAGGCCUCGACGACCACAACCACUUCACUGUGGACACUGUGCUUAGCGGCAGUGUACCUUUCCUACCUCCUGCUUCUGAAGUGACCAUGGAUCCCUUUAAGGAAAUAUACCAUUACUACCCAUCAGUUGCCACGUCCAGCUCCGUGAGGGCGUUUACCGUGGUCUCACCGGACCGGGGAUCCGAAUCCUUCUCGUUCCAGCUGAAACAGAACAUCACCUACCGUGACUGUCGACACGGCAACCGCGCUCCCCCUGUGGAGACACUGCAGAUCACAAUGGAAAGAGUGUUUCUGAUGUAUGUGAAGGAGGAGCGAAUCUUAAGAUACGCCAUCACCAACAAGAUCAGCCCAGUUGGAGCGGGGUCAACAGGACCAGAGCUGGUUAACCCCUGCUAUGAUGGAAGCCACGACUGCGACACGACUGCCCAGUGCAUCCCGCUGGAGGACAAGGCUUUCCAGUGCCGAUGUGGAACUGGUUACAGAGGGGAUGGACACAACUGUUAUGAUGUCGAUGAGUGUGCAGAGGGCCUGCCAGCAUGUGGUGCUCAUUCGCAAUGCAUCAACUUACCUGGUAGCCAUCGCUGCCAGUGCCGGAGCGGCUAUGAAUUUGGCUUUGACGGACGUACAUGUGUGGACACAGAUGAGUGCAGCUCCUCCCCAUGCCACAUUAAUGCGAGAUGCACCAACAGCUUGGGCUCCUUCCACUGUCAGUGCCAGAAUGGAUUUUAUGGAGAUGGUUUCCUCUGCUCCCAACGAGGGCAGACAGAUGGUACUAAGAGCCAGUGUGAGCAGCACAGAGACAGUCUACAGAGUGAUCCGGAGCAAGGUGGUCAGCCACCUGUUGGGGUUUUUAUCCCUCAGUGUGACUCUGAUGGACAAUACAGACCACUGCAGUGCCAUGGCUCCACUGGACAUUGUUGGUGUGUGGACAAUAGGGGGCAGGAGAGAGCAGGAACCAGGACACCUCCUGGUACUGCACCAACAGACUGUGAUAGACAUGAGCAACCAGGACAACUUAAAACCCAAUGUGAGCGCCACAAAGACAGCGUACAGACCACCAGUCCUGAGGGUGAUCCUAUAUUGGGAGCCUUCAUACCUCAGUGUGAUACUAAUGGACGGUACACACCUCAUCAGUGUCACAGCUCUAGUGGACAUUGUUGGUGUGUGGACAGCAAAGGACAGGAAAGACCUGGAACCAGAACUGCACCUGGCACAACACCCAUCGACUGUGAGAGACCGGAUGAACGUCCUAAAACCCUUUGUGAACACCAUAGAGACAGCAUACAGACCACCAGUCCAGAGGGUUAUCCACUCGUUGGAGCCUUUGUACCUCAGUGUGAUGCUAAUGGACAGUACACACCACUGCAGUGUCAUGGUUCUACUGGGCAUUGUUGGUGUGUGGACAGUCAGGGACAGGAAAGACCCAGAACCAGAACUAGGCCUGGUGCACCACCCACAGACUGUGACAAACCAGAGCAUCCUAAAAGCCACUGUGAGCAGCACAGAGACAGUGUACAGACCACCAGUCCAGAGGGUUAUCCACUAGUGGGAGCCUUUGCACCUCAGUGUGAUUCCAAUGGACAUUACACACCUCUACAGUGUCACAGCUCGAUUGGGUAUUGUUGGUGUGUGGACAGCCAAGGACAGGAAAGACCUGGAACCAGAACUCCACCUGGUACACCACCCACUGACUGUAACAACCCAGAAGGACCGGAUCGUCUUAAAAGCCAUUGUGAGGAGCACAGAGACAGCGUGCAGACGACCAGUCCAGAGGGUUAUCCACUACUGGGAGCCUUUGUACCUCAGUGUGAUGCUAACGGACAGUACACUCCUCAACAGUGUCACGGUUCUAGUGGACAUUGUUGGUGUGUGGACAACAAAGGGCAAGAAAGACCUGGUACCAGAACGCCUCCUGGUGCAACACCCAUCGACUGUAACAAACCAGAACGUCCUAAAAGCCACUGUGAGUUGCACAGAGACAGUAUACAGACCACCAGUCUAGAGGGUUAUCCACUAGUGGGAGCAUUUGUACCUCAGUGUGAUUCUGAUGGACACUACACUCGUCAACAGUGCCACGGUUCUACUGGGCAUUGUUGGUGUGUGGACAGCCUAGGAAAAGAAACACCUGGUACUAGAACUGCUCCUGGUGCAACACCCAUCGACUGUGACAAACCAGAACGUCCUAAAAGCCACUGUGAGCAGCACAGAGACAGUAUACAGGCAACGGGUCCAGAUGGUUAUCCACUAGUGGGAGCCUUUAUACCUCAGUGUGAUGCUAACGGACAGUACACUCCUCAACAGUGUCACGGUUCUAGUGGACAUUGUUGGUGUGUGGACAGCCAAGGACAAGAGAGAUCUGGAACUAGAACUCCCCCACGUGCAACACCCAUUGACUGUGAAAAAUCAGAACGUCCUAAAAGCCAAUGUGAGUUGCACAGAGACAGUAUACAGACCACCAGUCUAGAGGGUUAUCCACUAGUGGGAGCAUUUGUACCUCAGUGUGAUUCUGAUGGACACUACACUCGUGAACAGUGCCACAGUUCUACUGGGCAUUGUUGGUGUGUGGACAGCCAAGGAAAAGAAACACCUGGUACUAGAACUGCUCCUGGUGCAACACCCAUCGACUGUGACAUACCAGAACGUCCUAAAAGCCACUGUGAGCAGCACAGAGACAGUAUACAGACAACGAGUCCAGAGGGUUAUCCACUAGUGGGAGCCUUUGUACCUCAGUGUGAUGCUAACGGACAGUACACUCCUCAACAGUGUCACGGUUCUAGUGGACAUUGUUGGUGUGUGGACAGCCAAGGACAAGAACGAUCUGGAACUAGAACUCCUCCAGGUGCAACACCCAUGGACUGUGAAAAAACAGAACGUCCUAAAAGCCACUGUGAGUUGCACAGAGACAGUAUAAAGACCACCAGUACAGAGGGUUAUCCAUUAGUGGGAGCAUUUGUCCCUCAGUGUGAUGCUGAUGGACACUACACUCGUCAACAGUGUCAGGGUUCUACUGGACAUUGUUGGUGUGUGGACAGCCAAGGACAAGAAAGACCUGGUACUAGAACUCCUCCUGGUGCAACACCCAUUGAUUGUGACAAACCAGAAAGUCCUAAAAGCCACUGUGAGCUGCACAGAGACAGUACACAGACAACGAGUCCAGAGGGUUAUCCACUAGUGGGAGCCUUUGUACCUCAGUGUGAUGCUAACGGACAGUACACUCCUCAACAGUGUCACGGUUCUAGUGGACAUUGUUGGUGUGUGGACAGCCAAGGACAAGAAAGAUCUGGAACUAGAACUCCUCCAGGUGCAACACCCAUGGACUGUGAAAAAACAGAACGUCCUAAAAGCCACUGUGAGUUGCACAGAGACAGUAUAAAGACCACCAGUACAGAGGGUUAUCCAUUAGUGGGAGCAUUUGUCCCUCAGUGUGAUGCUGAUGGACACUACACUCGUCAACAGUGUCAGGGUUCUACUGGACAUUGUUGGUGUGUGGACAGCCAAGGACAAGAAAGACCUGGUACUAGAACUCCUCCUGGUGCAACACCCAUUGAUUGUGACAAACCAGAAAGUCCUAAAAGCCACUGUGAGCUGCACAGAGACAGUACACAGACAACGAGUCCAGAGGGUUAUCCACUAGUGGGAGCCUUUGUACCUCAGUGUGAUGCUAACGGACAGUACACUCCUCAACAGUGUCACGGUUCUAGUGGACAUUGUUGGUGUGUGGACAGCCAAGGACAAGAAAGAUCUGGAACUAGAACUCCUCCAGGUGCAACACCCAUGGACUGUGAAAAAACAGAACGUCCUAAAAGCCACUGUGAGUUGCACAGAGACAGUAUAAAGACCACCAGUACAGAGGGUUAUCCAUUAGUGGGAGCAUUUGUCCCUCAGUGUGAUGCUGAUGGACACUACACUCGUCAACAGUGUCAGGGUUCUACUGGACAUUGUUGGUGUGUGGACAGCCAAGGACAAGAAAGACCUGGUACUAGAACUCCUCCUGGUGCAACACCCAUUGAUUGUGACAAACCAGAAAGUCCUAAAAGCCACUGUGAGCUGCACAGAGACAGUAUACAGACAACGAGUCCAGAGGGUUAUCCACUAGUGGGAGCCUUUGUAGCUCAGUGUGAUGCUAACGGACAGUACACUCCUCAACAGUGUCACGGUUCUAGUGGACAUUGUUGGUGUGUGGACAGCCAAGGACAAGAAAGAUCUGGAACUAGAACUUCUCCAGGUGCAACACCCAUUGAUUGUGACAAACCAGAACGUCCUAAAAGCCACUGUGAGCUGCAAAGAGACAGUAUACAGACGAGUCCAGAGGGUUAUCCACUAGUGGGAGCCUUUGUACCUCAGUGUGAUGCUAACGGACAGUACACUCGUCAACAGUGUCACGGUUCUACUGGGCAUUGUUGGUGUGUGGACAGCCAAGGACAAGAAAGACCUGGUACUAGAACUCCUCCUGGUGCAACACCCAUUGAUUGUGACAAACCAGAACGUCCUAAAAGCCACUGCGAAUUGCACAGAGACAGUAUACAUACCACCAGUCCAGAAGGUUAUCCACUAGUGGGAGCCUUUAUACCUCAGUGUGAUGCUAAUGGGCAGUACACUCCUCAACAGUGUCACGGUUCAAGUGGGCAUUGUUGGUGUGUGGACAGCGAAGGACAAGAAAGACCUGGUACUAGAACUUCUCCAAGCGCAACACCCAUCGACUGUGACAAACCAGAACAUCCCAAAAGCCACUGUGAGCAGCAUAGAGACAGUGUACAGACCACCAGUCCAGGGGGUUAUCCUAUAUUGGGAGCCUUCGUACCUCAGUGUGAUGCUAAUGGGCAGUACACACCUCAACAGUGUCAUGGUUCAAGUGGACAUUGUUGGUGUGUGGACAGUCAAGGACAGGAAAGACCUGGAACCAGAACUCCUCCUGGUGCAACACCCAUUGACUGUGAUAACUCAGAACACCCUAAAAGCCACUGUGAGCACCACAGAGACCAUGUACAGACUACCAGUCCCGAAGGUUAUCCUCUAGUGGGAGCCUUCGUACCUCAGUGUGAUAGUAAUGGACAGUACACACCUCAACAAUGUCAAGGCUCUACUGGACAUUGUUGGUGUGUGGACAGCCAAGGACAGGAAAGACCUGGAACCAGAACUCCACCUGGUACCACACCCAUCGACUGUGAGAGACUGGAUGAACGUCCUAAAACCCUUUGUGAACACCACAGAGAAAGUGUACAGACCACCAGUCCCGAGGGCUUUCCUCUCAUUGGAGCAUUUGUACCUCAGUGUGAUGCUAACGGACAGUACACAUCACAACAGUGCCAUGGUUCCAUUGGACAAUGUUGGUGUGUGGACAGCAACGGUCAAGAGAGAGCAGGAACAAGAACUCCACCUGGUGUUUCUCCCAUAGACUGUGACGGUCCUGUUCACGUGACUCCGACCGAGCGUCCCGAGAGUGUGUGCGAACGCUGGAGGAGCAGUUUAAUGGAGCAUUACGGUGGGAAGCCAGAGCCGCAACAGUACUUGCCCCAGUGUGAGCCAGAUGGACAGUUCAGUCCAAUCCAGUGCUAUGGGGAGACCACCUACUGCUGGUGUGUGGACCAGGAUGGGCGAGAAGUUCCGGGCACCAGGUCAAAUGAUGUCGUUAAGCCUGCAUGCCUUCCCUCAGUGGCCCCGCCAACCGUACGCCCAUUACCCCGCCUGGAUGUGACUCCUCCCUCUAACACUGAUAUCACACUGCUGUACGCACAGGGACAGAAAAUAGGAGCACUUCCUCUCAACGGGACCAGACUAGAUACAAGCCGCUCCAAAACACUACUGACUCUACAUGGCUCCAUAGUUGUUGGUCUAUCUUAUGACUGCAGACAGAACCAAGUGUAUUGGACUGAUUUGUCCGCGCGGACCAUUAAUAGAGCAUUAAUGGUGCCAGGAGCUGAGCCAGAGAUACUCAUUAACUCGAAUCUGGUCAGUCCAGAGGGUUUAGCUGUGGAUGUCAAUCGAAGGCUGAUGUUCUGGGUGGACUCCAACCCUGACCUGAUUGAAAGGUCCAACUUAGACGGCAGCGAUAGAAGGAUGCUUUUUGACAAAGACUUGGUCAACCCCCGGGCCAUCAUCGUGGUCUCAUCCACAGGUUCUCUGUACUGGACAGACUGGAAUCGAGAGGCUCCCAAGAUUGAGAGCGCAUCAGUGGAUGGACAGAACCGCCGGGUGGUGGUUUCUGAGGGGAUUGGUUUGCCGAAUGCAUUGACUUACGAUUAUUCUUCUGGGCACAUCUGCUGGGCCGAUGCAGGUACUAAGCGGUUAGAGUGUAUAUUCCCAGAGGGUUCAGGGCGAAGAGUAGUAAACCCCAGCCUCAACUACCCAUUUAGCAUGGUGUACCACAGAAACCACUUCUACUACACUGACUGGAGGAGGGACGGUGUAAUCACAGUCAGCAAAGACAGCGGUACCCUCACUGAUGAAUAUUUGCCAGAGCAGAGGUCUCACCUGUAUGGCAUCGCCAUAGCAACAUCCCACUGUCUAUCAGGGAAUCAUUAACAGCAGAACGGCAGCCACAUGGUCCUUUGGUGCUGAAAUUCUGGGGCCAUUUUUGAGCCAAGGGUGUGAUGAGCCCUCCUGGUGUCCCUCUGAGGAAAAGGAUGCUCCCAAAGGGACAUGGCUUCCUGUGGAUCAGCUCUCCGCCAUCCCUCCAAAAUAUAACCACACAUUAAAUGUUUUGUACCUCA